AUGAACCGAGCAUCCAAUAUCGUUAAGACCCUUGUCGCAUUGUCAGUAUCCCAGAAAACGAUUGGCCAGAAAACGCUUUGCAGAGUGGAAGACGCAUCUACAUUUGUUUCUCAAGUUCGACAAGGUAACCAACCGCAGCUGAAUAAAAGAAAGGGAAGAGAGAAGAAGAAGAAGAAUCCAAAAAUGCCACCGGAAGUACUUUAUUUCCGUCCUCUCUUGCCAUCCCUAGUUCAACUUUCUUCUCCGGUCACAACUCAACCACAGGAAAAUCAACCUUCCCGUCACAAAUUGUCCCAAGGAACCAACAGGAUGAGACUUACUAAAAGGGAACUCAUCCCCUUACUUAUUCUGAUUCUUUCAGUCAUGUCAGUUUUCAGACUUCUGAGCAUCAUCGUGACUACUUCAUCUUCCUCCCAUGGACUAUCUGGUCUGUCUCCAGGACCUCAACACCGUAGGGUUACCCUACAUGCACCUGAAACUGGAUCCUCAAAGAAGCCUACAACGCCUCCCAGAGUCACCACCCUGAAGAAAAAGGAAUUCAGAGUCUUAUCAAAUCUCAUUGCCCACAAAGUCCCCUGCAACCUCCUUAUAUUCGGGUUUCACUCCCAGUAUCUUGCCCUCUCUUCUAUGAAUGCAGCUGGGAGAACCAUCUUCCUCGAGGAUGACCCUAAGAAGAUAAGCAAGGCAAGAGUUGGCUCGAACAAUACCCGAAUAUACAGAAUUGAAUAUAACAUGCCAGCAAAAGACGCUUACGAACUGCUCAAGGACGCGAGGCAGAACUCAGCUUGUGCACCCACUAACCCCAAAGUGCUUCGAAAAUCAAAAUGCAAACUUGCAUUGAAGAACCUGCCAGCAGAAGUGUACGAGAAGAAUUGGGACGUUGUGGUAGUAGAUGGACCUGAUGGGGAUUCGCCGGAGUCACCGGGCAGGAUGGGACCCAUUUAUACAGCUGGUGUGCUGGCUAGAGCAGGGGAUGUCUCUAACGUGGUAGUGCACGAUGUAGAUCGCACCAUAGAGAAAUGGUUUUCCUGGGAGUUCCUCUGUGACGAGAAUUUGCUGCAUUCUAAAGGAAAAUUAUGGCACUUUAGGAUAUAUCACUUCAAUUCCACAAGAUUCUGCACUGAUGGAACACAAACCAGGCAGCAGAGGCAUCCUGCAAGUGACAGAGAUAGUAAGAUGAGUUCAACAGAUCUCAAAAGUCAGUGA